AUGCCACAGGAAAAUCAUAGUACUGUGACUGAAUUUAUCCUCACUGGAUUCCCUGGACAUCUGGAGUACCAAGGCUUUGCCUCAGCUGUAUUGUUCUUAGUUUAUUUCUUAACUUUCGCAGGCAAUGUUACAGUACUUUUUUUAUUUGGCACCGACCGCAGCCUUCAUAAACCAAUGUAUUAUAUAACUUUAAAUCUGAGUGCAUGCGAUAUUCUCUUUAGCACAACCACCUUACCUAAGAUCAUCAGUAAGUGUUGGUUUCAGUCAGGCACCAUUUCAUUCACAGCUUGCUUUGUCUAAAUGUACUUUGUUCACUAUCUUGGAUCAGUGAAUUCCUUAAUUCUUUUCCUAAUGGCUUUAGAUAGAUAUUUGGCUAUCUGCCAUCCUCUCCGAUAUCCACUUGUUCUUAAAAACUCCAUCAUCCACAUUCUCAGUAUUAGCGCAUGGGUUAUUGCCAAGGCCUGCCCUUUAAUGAUGGUUAUUAGGGCAUACCCUCUUCCUUACUGUGCC